AUGGGCAGGAUGAUUAGCUUGGAUGGUUCUAAUUAUCAUCUUUGGAAAGGUAAGAUGGAAGAUCUCCUUUAUGUGAAGGAGCUUCAUGUUCCAGACUUCGAGGAGAAAAAACAUGAGGCUAAAACUGAAGAUCAGUGGACACUGCUACAUCGUCAAACCGGGAAUAAUAAGAUGUACAUGAUCAAGAAAUUGAUUGAGUUGAGGUACCAGGAGGGAACUCCGAUGGCGGAUCACUUGAAUGCGUUUCAGGGAUUGCUCAYUAAAUUAUCUGACAUGGYAAUUAAGUUUGAGGAUGAGAUUCACGGUUUGUGGCUUCUUGGUACAUUACCAGAUUCUUGGGAGGUGUUCACGAUGUCUCUUUGUAACUCCGCGUCGAAUGGUGUGAUUUCGAUGGACUUAGUAAAGAACAGUGUCUUGAAUGAGGAAGUAAGGAGGAAGUCUCGUCCUAGUUUCUCGCGUUCAGAUGUAAUGGUUUCUGAGUCAAGGGGGAGAAGUUCAUAUAGAGAGCCCAAGAAUAACAAGAACAGUAGCAGGAGCAAAUCUAACAAAUUUGCUAACUUGGAGUGCCAUUAUUGUCAUAAGAAAGGYCWCAUGAAGAAGGAUUGCUGGAAGUUGAAAAAGGACAGCAAACUUGGAAAGAAGCAAGAAGAUGGUGAAGAUKGGGACACCAGUUGGGUUGUUGAUAGUGGAGCUACUACUCAUGCUACAUCAUAG